GAGUUGUAGUCCGGAGCUCCGCCCCCCUGGGCCGCGCCGGGGCUGCCGGGAGGCGGCGCCAUCAUGGCGGAUCCGCCGGAGGAGGCGGGGGGCGGCCCGGCCCAGGGCGGGCCGGGGGUCGCGGGGCCCCCCCGGGGGCGGCAGCGGCUGGAGGCGCUGCUGAACCGCAGCCUCCGCAUCCGCAUGUCGGACGGGCGGACCCUGGUGGGCGCCUUCCUGUGCACGGACCGGCAGAGCAACGUCAUCCUGGGCUCGGCGCAGGAGUUCCUCAAGGCCGCAGACGCGUUCCCGGGCAGUGAACCCCGAGUUCUGGGGCUGGCCAUGGUCCCCGGGCACCACAUCGUGUCCAUCGAGGUGGAGCCCCCCUACCCCUGAGGGACCCCCGGAUGGACCCCAAAACCGCCGAGGGACCCCAAAACCACCUGAGAGACCCCAAAAACACCGGAUGGACCCCCCCCA